GAGGCACUGUGCCACUCACUCGUCAGAGAAAACCCACACAGUGCCAAUGGUCCUGAACUAGUGCCGCGAGAUCAGCCUUCAGGAGCAAGAGAACGCAGAUCAAGGGAGCUAUUACCUCAUCCUUCAAGAUAGCUCGUCGAAACAGCCAGAAGAUGUUCGGAAGGCUGAGGUCGACCUCGGAUGCCCCCGCCGUGACCUCUACGUCUUCCUACUCGAAGAAGGAGGAAGCGAGUAGGAAGGUGUCUACAAAUUCAGUCAGUUCCUCGGGGUUGACUCACUCAUCCUCGACCUCGCCAUCCUCAUCCUCCACCUCCACCUCGUCCUCCAAGCACCACCACCACCACCACCGCCAAGGUCAUCCUCAACAGCAAAUAAUGGACGACCUUUUAUCGUGUCCCGUGUGCUUGGAGGAAUACCAGGUGGAUAGUUCUGGCACUCGAGAGCCACUUUUCCUGCAGUGCCAUCAUAGUAUCUGCCGCGUGUGCCUGCCGAGGCUUGUCAAGUCGUACUCGGGACAGAGCAGGUUUUCCAGUAAAGAUAGUGCUGAACUCCCAUGCCCAGAGUGCCGCAUGGUGACCGUAGUGCCCCCUGGUGGUCUCACGCAGAACUUUUACCUCGUGAGUCUGAUUGAAACGCGGAGGAAGAAGAUCAAAGAACAAGAGAGUCGUCUGCGGGAUGUGGUGUCGAGAGUGUGACAGCGUAGCUCUCGAGAGUUGCUCCAACCACCAGGUCGUCCAUCUCUCGACGAUUUUGGCGAAUACAGUCGAGUCAUAUUGUAACAACAGGAAACACCUGACGACGGUCCUGCAGAACCGCGCCGAGAAGAAGGGCAAGGAGGCCCAGGAGGUGCAGGAGGCGGUGGAGCAGCUGGACCGCGCCGCAGCUGUCCUGAGGAGGAAGCUGGUGGCGAGGCUGGACCUGGCGACGCUCUCCCAGGCCACGGCGAACUCCCUUCUGCAGGAGAUUGAUAAGAUGAACCGUCGAGUCCAAGCUCAUGGGAAGCUCAUUGAACCCUCAUCAGCCAAGACGUCCUUAGAGGGAGGAGACCACGAAGGCGGCGGCGCAGGAGGUCCCGAAGGAGUGUCUGAGAGGAAGAUCUCACCGCCAGGGAAGGGAGAUUCCCCGGACGUGGCGGGCGUCCUCCUGAGCAGCAGCUUGAGAGAGACUCGUCUAGACUUGAGAGACGCCAACAAGGAGGACGUCGACCUCAUCUCCCUCGAGUACCAGACGUCCCCCUCGAGACAAGCUCCCCCCGUGCCGGCUCGGGCCUUCGAGACCAACCUCCAGUCGUCCUCCGCGACUUCUUCUCCUCCUUCCUCCUCCUCCUCGAGCACCCGCACCUCCCCCGUCCUCACACGCCCGCCGAGCACCUCCUACGACCACCUCAGCUGCCGAGAACAGGAGGCGAGGAUCCUGCUGCUGAAGGAAUGCCUGACCUCGCUCGACAAGAUGACCCUGAAGCAGGAGGAUCCGUCAAGGGGAGAGAAGUCGGGGAAGGGGAAGGGGCAAGGGGAGUCCCUGUCGAAGGAGGCGCUGCUGGAGAUGUUCCGGAGGGCGAUAGAGGCCCUGGAUGAGGGGCAUUAGGGUCCUAAAGGGGCCCUCACACGAUAAAUUUUUUCGUCAAUUAAUUGAUAUCAAUUUAUUGACGUCAAUGAAUUGAUGGAAAUCACUGUGCCCUCACACGGUCAAUGAUUUUACUUCAAUUUUCAGUUUGAUUCAUAAUUUCGAGAUGAAAGCAUCUGUGGCACUUGGAGUAGUGCUUGCUCUGGACACUCCAAAGCGAAAGAAGAGGAGUAAGUGGGUAAAGAAAUGGUAUCUCUGUCGAAGGGAACAAGGACAUACAAGAUUGCUGAGGGAAUAUAUUUUCCAUACAAUAUUUUAUAUGCGUCAGCCUUUUUCUCCCGGUCACUGUACUCGUCGGAUUUUAUUUUCCACAAGGCCGAUAAGGAUCUAUAAACGUCGAUUAUCUCCAUCAUCAUUUUACGCUCACUUUCUUUCUUCUUUUCAGCCAUGAUUACGAUGACGACUCUUUCACUGCUGCAAGGGAAAACACUAAAUUAUUGAUCAAUAUUGACGCUUUGCCCACACACGCUCAAUUUUAUUGAAGACCCAUCAAUAAAUAUCAAAGGAGUUUUGAUCUAUCAAUGAAUUGACUCAAUGACAUUGUUUCAAUUAAAUUGAUAUCAAUGUCCCCCUCACACGGUCAAUUUCUCCAUCAAUUCAUUGACGUCAAUAAAUUGAUAUCAAUUAAUUGACGAAAAAAUUGAUCGUGUGAGGGCCCCUUAAGACUCGCUUUUAUUAAGACUGUAGACUGUUUUAUUGUUUUUUUUUUCUAUUUGGUGCUAAAACUGGGUGCCUUUAUCUAAACGGUAAAAUCAUUUCAGUUUUGUUUAUUCAGUGAUAUAUAUCCCUAUAUAUUCCAUUCGUCUCAUAAGGAACAAAAGAGAUAUUGAUAUAAGAUUAUAAUCCACAAUAUCUGUUCACUAUUAGCUUAUUUUCAUUCUCCAAAGCUCACUCUCACCAUCAAAGACUUUCUCUUCCUCGAAAUAAUCAUCAAAAUACCACUUCAUUUUCCUCAUCACUAUGAUUCAUACUUAUCACUAUCAAACUGAUUACCAUUUACAUAAUUUAAUUCAAUACUGUUCCUUAAUUCCCAUUUCACUAUCACUUUUCUUUUCCAUUCAAUAUCAUUUGUACUCAUCAUCAUCACUAUCUCAUAGAGACUGUAACACCAACACCAUUUAAAAGUGACUGUGAUACCAUCAUUUCAUAGUGACUAUAACAACAUCUCAUAGUAACUGCAGUGCCAUCUCAUAGUGACUGAAAUACCACCAUUUCAUAGACUGUAAUACCAUCUCAUAGUGACUAACACCACCAUUUCAUAGAGACUGUAACCUCAACACCAUCUCAUAGUGACUGUAACCACCAUUUCAUAGUGACUGUAACACCACCAUCUCAUAGUGC